AUGAGUGAGGCCGAAAGUCAGUUCUACAGUGUUCAGGUGGGGGACUCUACCUUCACUGUGCUCAAUCGCUACCAGCAGCUCCGUGCCAUCGGAUCUGGAGCCCAGGGCAUCGUUUGCUCUGCCCUAGAUACUGUCCUGGGCAUUUCAGUGGCAGUGAAAAAGCUGUGCCGGCCCUUCCAGAACCAGACACAUGCUAAACGUGCAUACAGGGAACUUGUGCUGCUAAAAUGUGUCAACCACAAAAAUAUCAUCCGUCUGAUCAAUGUGUUCACGCCUCAGAAAUCCCUGGAGGAAUUCCAAGAUCUGUAUUUGGUGAUGGAGCUGAUGGAUGCCAGCCUUUGCCAGGUGACCCACAUGGAUCUGGACCAUGAAAGAAUGUCUUAUCUGCUUUACCAGAUCCUCUGUGGAAUCAGACAUCUGCACUCUGCUGGUAUCAUUCACAGGGACUUGAAGCCCAGUAACAUUGUGGUGAAGUCAGACUGCACCCUGAAGAUUUUGGACUUUGGCCUCGCUAGGACAGCUUGCACCAACUUCAUGAUGACACCAUAUGUGGUGACCAGAUACUACCGAGCACCGGAGGUCAUUCUGGGGAUGAAGUAUAAGGAGAAUGUUGACAUCUGGUCUGUGGGAUGCAUCAUGGGAGAGAUGGUUAAAGGUAGUGUCAUCUUCCAAGGCACCGACCACAUCGAUCAGUGGAACAAAGUAAUUGAGGUUCUGGGCACACCCAGCCUUGAGUUUAUGAACCGUCUGAUGGAGACUGUGAGAAACUACGUUAUGAACAAGCCACAAUAUCCAGGUGUCAGCUUUGCAGAUCUUUUCCCCGACUGGGCCUUUCCCUCGGAAUCGGAGCACGACAAGCUAAAGACGAGUCAAGCUCGAGACUUGCUGUCCAAAAUGCUUGUCAUCGACCCUGAGUGCCGCAUCUCCGUAGAGGAAGCUCUCAAUCACCCCUACAUUCACAUGUGGUAUGACCCUGCAGAGGCUGACGCGCCUCCUCCGCAGAUUUCUGACAAGCAAUUAGAAGAAAGAGAGCACAGCAUCGAGCAAUGGAAAGAGCUAAUUUAUGAAGAAGUGAUUGACUGGGAAGAGAGGAACAAGAAUGGUGUGAUGAAAGACGAUUGCUCAGAUGUAGUGUCCAGUUCGGCCUCGCAGUCGUCUUCGGCUAAUGAUAUAUCAUCUAUGUCAACGGAGCACACUGUUGCCUCGGAUACAGACAGCAGCAGCAUCGACACGCUCACGGGGCCGCUAGACGAGAAAUGUGCAGCUGAGGGUUUUUAG